AUGGAGAGAGCCAACCGCACCUUGGUCACUCAGUUUGUGUUCGUGAGAUUUUCCAACUCUCCAUGUCUGCAGCUGCUCUUCUUCUCCCUCUUCCUCCUGGUCUACCUCUUAUCCCUGGUGGGCAAUGGACUCAUUGUGCUCAUUGUGACCCUGGACGGGCGCCUCCACAUCCCCAUGUACUUCUUUAUCUGCAACCUCUCCUUGGUAGAGCUCUGGUACACCACAGUCACCGUGCCCAAAAUGCUGGCCAAUUUUCUCAGUUCCCAAGGGGUCAUCUCAGUUCCCAGCUGCAUCACCCAAUACUACUUCUUCUUCUCUUUGGCUGCCACAGAACUCUUCUUUCUCACCACCAUGGCCUAUGACCGCUAUGCGGCCAUCUGCCGACCACUCCACUACCCACUGCUGCUCAGCCCUCAAACGUGUGGUACCCUGGCUGGCAUCUGCUGGUGUGUGGGAUUCCUCUGCCCCAUGUUCCCCUCAUUCCUCCUUACACAGAUCUCCUGCACCCCCAACCAGAUCAACCACUUCUUCUGUGAUGCUGACCAGAUUUUCCGCCUUUCUUGCACAGACACAUACGCCAUCCAAGCUGUGGGCUAUGCUUUUAGCACUGUCAUUAUCCUAGGGGCCCUGGUCUUUACUAUGGCUUCUUAUGCCCACAUCCUGGCCACAGUUCUAGCCAUGGCCUCAGCUGCUGCUCGGCGUAAGGCCUUUUCCACAUGCACAGCUCAUCUUUCCGUGGUCACCAUCUACUUUGGCACUCUCAUAUUCAUGUAUGUCCGCCCUGCAGUUAAGUAUGAGUCAAGUAUCAACAAGAUUGUGGCUAUUUUCUACUCAGUCAUCACUCCCCUUCUCAAUCCUCUCAUCUAUACACUCCGUAACAAGGAUGUCAAGGAAGCUCUGAAAGACUUGGUGUCCCAGAUGAAAAAGGUCUACCACUCAAGCAGGGAGACAAAGUGA